AUAUUGGAAACAUCGGAAUUGCCUCCGCCUGGACCUUUGUACUACGCAGCCAGAAGGGCUCUAUGGCUGAAAUCGCCUGACAACAAUACGCCUCGGCAAUUUUCCCCUUCUACGUCUCGUCACAAACUGGAGAAUCUACUCGAUACUCCAGAUGCCAUUCACAGUGACGCAGUAUGGGAAGGCGGAAUUCACAAGGUUUGGAAGGGUCUCUCGGGAGGUGCCAGCCUCAAACGUAGGCUUCCACUGAAUCUCGUGAUCAAAAUUGUUCAUUGUGCUUGGGUACGGGAUGAAACAUGGCCAAUGGGUGGAGUGGCACCUGAGCCCGACGACAUGGUCACAGAAGAGGCUCAGCCUUCACAAGUACUG